UUUCAUUUUGUUAAUCUCGUAUUCACAAAUUCCAUUUGCAUAAGAACCAUUGAAAAACAGAUUGAUUGUUGAGUUAUUUAAACCAAAAUUUGUGCAAGCAAGAUGUCUGAAAAGAAGUCAACUGAGAAGUCCGAAAGGCUCCUGACCAUUCUGCAUGCCAUUUCGGAAAUAGUGAAUGCAGGACUGAACAAGGAGGCCAUUGCAAUCUGCGUCGAGAUGAUCGAGAGCGGGGUCAGUGCCAAGUCUCUAGUCAAGAUUGUCAAGUCCAUCAGGGAGGACAUCGAGAACCCAGGUCUUGGUGAACUGCACUUGAAGUCAUACAGCGAGAAGUCCGAUGAUUCGCCUCGCUCAUCGGAGAAGUGUCCCCCAACACACAGGACUGUUUAAAAACUGAUUCCUCUAUCGGUUUUUGUUCUUGUUUAUUUUGUUUAAAUUAAAAGUUCAGCUUCCAGACUUUUUA